UUGCACCAUGAUAUCGCACUCAGAAUGAAAGGGCUACUAAUUUUAUAUAAUGCUAAAGCUUUACCCGACCAGUCUAUAACUUCAAGUCACGAUUAGGCUGUGUAGCGCUUUAAACACCAGGACAUUAUGCAGUUCAGGUUAUACAGAAGACAGUUUGGCACAAGGAACUGUUAAACCGGUGCUGUUUGAGGGCCUCUAGCUGUGAAAAGAUGGGCUGCUCAGUCCUGACAUGCCUGGACCCUGCCUUGGUACUCUGUUAGUGAUGAAGAGCUCCUCUACAAUCCUACUCCUCACUCUAUCUGUCCUGUGCACAGUUGAGUGUGUGUUUGGGAGGACAAUCGAGCACAUGCUGCAGGAAUGGGAAAGGUAUCGGAAUGAAUGCAUAUCGAAUAUCAGCUCAGAACCAACCCCCUCAGGUUUGUUCUGUAUGCGCAUGUUUGAUCAGUUUGCUUGCUGGACAGAUGGGCUGCCCAACACCACAGUCAAAGUGCCCUGUCCCUGGUAUUUGCCCUGGUAUGAUCAAGUGCGCAGUGGGUUUGUCCUAAGGGAAUGUGGUCCAGAUGGCCAGUGGCACACCAACAAAACAAGCCAAACCUGGAGAGACCACUCACAAUGCAAUGCAAAUAGCAGCAACCACAAAGAACAGGAGAAACAGGUACAGGUCCUAGCCUACUACAAGAUGAUGUACAAAGUUGGCUACUCUUUGUCUUUGGCCAGCCUCACUCUGGCUCUCUUCAUAUUACUUCUAUUUAGGAAACUCCAUUGCACCCGCAACUACAUCCACGCCAACCUGUUUGCUUCUUUCAUCCUACGUGCCGUGUCCAUCUUUGUACGUGAUGAUCUUCUAGAAAAACACAUUCAUGACAUCCAAGACAGCAGUGACUUGCCCCGUGUUCUCAGUGACCAGGCACUGUUUGGCUGCCGCAUAGCCCAAGUGGUAAUGCAAUACUGUGUGGGAGCCAACUACUUCUGGUUGCUAGUGGAGGGCCUGUACCUCCAUAACCUUCUGGUACUCCUUGUGUUCUCUGAGAACAGCUACUUCUGUGGUUACCUUGCCCUCGGCUGGGUUGCUCCUCUACUUUAUGUGGUACCAUGGAUAGUAAUGCGCCACCUGUAUGAGAACACACGGUGCUGGGAGAUUAAUGAAAACAUGGUGCAUUGGUGGAUUAUUCAAGCUCCUAUCCUCCUGGCUAUUUUCGUAAACUUUUUCGUUUUCAUAAGGAUCAUACAGAUGCUUGUCUCCAAAUUAAAAGCACACCAGAUGAGAUAUACAGACUAUAAAUUCAGAUUGGCCAAGUCUACCCUGACCCUCAUACCCCUACUGGGAAUUCAUAAGGUGGUGUUUUCUGUGGUAACAUUGGAACCAAAUGAUGAUCUACUACAUAACAUCUGGCUCUUCUUCGAGCUCUUCUUCAACUCAUUUCAGGGUUUUCUGGUGGCCAUUUUAUACUGUUUUGUGAAUAAAGAGGUGCAGUCAGAAAUUAAGAAAAAGUGGCAUCGUUGGAAGCUAGGAAUUAGCACCAUGGAUGAACAACGUACCAGCAGCACCCACAUACUACAGGGGGCUACUGGACUUCAAGACCUCAAAGAUCACCCGGGCCAGCUGGACUGUGCUGAGGAGAGUAGCAUCCACCUGAGCAUGGACCCUCUUCCGGCCUCCACACAUAUUCCCCUCCAUCGGCAUCAUCACCCGGGAGCAAAGAAGGGCAAGGCAUAUUGUUAUAUUUCAGCCCAUAAGCAAGUGCUGAAUGGAUUAGACACACCAGCACUGGGCCAUUGUGAACUUGAUGGAGUCAAUGGAUAUACUGAUAGCUACUGCUAAGGCUUAGGACCAUGCGGAAAUAGAUAUCUUCAUGAUGUCUAUAAAGACUUUCAGAGGCAUACAAAAUUGAAGCUGAAUGUAACUUAAAUUUUGUAAAGAGGGCUUUUAAAUCAUUGUCAUUUACUGAAUGAACCUCUACGGUGUGCUAUUUUUAGAUGAACUUUUAUCUGAACACCAGCAACCUGGAGGACCAACGGAGCAGUGUGAAAUCUUCAACUUUUUCUAGUUUAAAAAGACUCAAAAAUAGGACGGUCUAAAUUAAAAUAUACCAAAUCGAUUGAUGUGACUGUUAGUCCCCUUGUGUUUUGUUAUUUUCUACCUCUUUACGGUUUUGGACAACAGUGAUAUUACCUGUUCUGUGGUAAUGUGGACCAUCUCUCUGGACACAACAGUGAUGUCUAAUAAAAGAUCACAAUUUUCAUAGAAAUGAUUUGUUCCAGAAAAAGAAAAAAAGAUUGUAAUAUGUGAAGUGUACACAGGUAAAAGACAUAUAAGCUGUUUAUGAUGAUAAAUAGUUCACCACAAGUCAUAAAAUGUUCACCAUGUUUACACAGUUUAGUUUAUAAAAAUGGGCUAGUAGUUCUAAAUGUUAUAUGUCAUCAGGACUCCCUGACAGUUAAAUAUGCUAAAUAUGGUACCACCAAGUCAUUACAUUCAUUUUAUUGCUAAUAUUGUUUAAUGAAUAAUGCAAGUUAUUACAUAAAUAUUAUUAUAACAGCUUUGGCAGGAGGUGUGAUCAGUGAGAUUUUAUACCUAUAACAUGUAAUAUAAACAUUUAUCUACAGUCUUAACUGCACAUAUACAACUUACAGAAGUGCUUUGUAGUCUCCAUCAAAAAGACAUCCUAUUUAUUAUACCACAGCUUUUCAAGCAGUUUAGCAGCACUACUGGGCUGAGCCAUUAAUAAUAUAUUUCACCAAAAAAGAGACAGGAAGUAUAUUUUGGACUGGGAUGCUGACUGCAAUUAACCAAAAUGGAAGUGACACUGUUUGUAGAACACAAUUGUUGUGCUAUAUCACGGAUUCUACUUUUUUUAAAGUAUCACUAAACAAAUUCACAGAGAAAUUAAUCUAAUUAAAAUAAAAAAUUGUGACCGGUAUGACAAAACCAUUAAUGUUCGUCCAAAACCUUUCAUUUCUGAGACAUUUGUACUUUUAUUUGCCUCAUUAUUAAAUAAGGUUAACUGCCUGACCCUAAAUAUUGUGAUGCCUUCAUGUUUUUGAUUAGAGAAUGGCAUCUGAAUGUUUUAUUUAUUAACCACCCAUUGUAGGUUUAUUGAAUGUUAUGCUGAUUCUGAAUUUUCUACAUAAAGUAUGUAAUGAGGAUACAGCACACACCAGUCAU